AAAACCGAGAGUUGGCAUGAGCCAUGACACCAGUGCGUUCCGGAAACUCGACGCGAACAGAUCAGAUCAGAUAGUUUUCGAGUCAUGGCCGAUUUAUUAUUCCCUCAAUUGGAGCGUCCUCUGCCCUCGAUGCCCUCCCUGCACUACACCCUGUUUGCGUACCGCGAGGAGCUGAGACGUCGGGAUGUGCCCUUCAUGAAGAUGUCCACCAUCAAGCUGCACCUGACGGACAAUUUGAUACUGCAGACCAUCAAGAACAUACGGCAGUACGACACCAUCGAGAUUAUGAAUCUCAACAGGGAGAUCACCUUCAAGCGGCGGCUCACCAAGCAGAUGCGCAAGGUGCGAAAGCUCGAGAAGCUCGGCCUGACCAUCGAUCCCCGGAAGCUCACCGAGGGCGGACAGUGGCACUGAGCAGCCAACGAUCAUGCUAACUCAACUCUAUUCGAACUCUACUCUGCUACCAUUGUCAUACAUACUACAAGCAUGUGUAAUUAAUUUUUAAGCGAAAUCCCCACAAGUUUCUAAAACUCAAUAAGCCGAACCAAUCCAACAUAUCUAUAUGACUUUUCUAAUGAAAUAUAUACAAGAAAAUUAUACAUUUCGAGGGUUUUGCAUUCGAUACUAGUGAUCUUCCUGGGAGAUAAGGAAGUCGGGCUUAAAAGUUCAUUUUUAUGACAAUACAUAAAAGUUUUUUGUAUCACUCACAUUAAAAUUAGGCGUAUUACGAACAAAUAUGUUUCAACGAUUGCUCUUACUGGUGGCAAUCGUUGCAGCUAUUCGAAGAGGACUAUCAUAUGAUGAUGAAACUUCACAUCACUGGAAUCACGAGGGGCUCAAUUUUGUAACUCAACGUGCUGAAAUUCUUGACUGGAUGGCAGCUUUAAAAGACAUUAAUGUUGACGAUGAUGUUGUUGGGGACGAUGAUGAUGACGAUCCCGUGUCCGAGGCCUGUAAGCAUGACGAGGUCUUGCAGCUGAAUACCAACAAUUUUAAUCUGUUGACCCAGACUGGAAAAUUUUUCAUCAUGAUCUUUAAGCCCCCACUCAGCUACAUGGCCGAUCAGGCAAAGCUGAAAUGGGUCAAACUGGCCCGGGAACUGAACCCCAAGGGCACCAUUUGCAUUUCGGACUUGGAUUGUAGUAAAUCGAUAGAAAUCUGCCACCAUCUGCAAAUCAGACCAAGUCCGACUUUCCUGUGGUACGAGAACGGCCGCAAAGUUCGCGCCUACGAUGCCGAACCCGAUCCCGAGUUGGAGCAUUUCAAAAGCUUUGUCGAGAAAGUGAUAGCCUCGAAUGGUACAUCCAUCGAGAAGUCAGGAGCCAGAACAAGGUCUUAUCUGUCGAUGAACCUUAUCACACUUGCCCUCUAUUUGGCCAUUAAGCUGCCAAUCUUAGUUCCAAAUUGAAUUCAAGACAAAUAAACUCUGAUUAGAAUGGCUUUUACAAAAUGUGUGCAGAAUUUACGAACAAAUACAUGGCAUUAAUCUUUA